AUGGCAUUGUAUACAUGCCAAUUAACACGUCUGAGAAUAUUCUGGCUGGGUGAUCUAAAUUACCGUAUCAAUCUAUCAUAUGAGAGAACACGAGAGCUAAUCUCCAAGAAGGACUGGUCCAAGUUGGUGCAGAGUGAUCAGCUUGUACGAGAGCUAAAAAAGGGUCGUGCAUUUGAUGGUUGGUCUGAAGGUACUUUAAAAUUUGCACCAACUUAUAAAUAUGAGUUGAACUCAGAAAAGUAUCGUGGAGAGGAUCCAAAGGUCGGGAGACGAACCCCGGCAUGGUGUGACCGCAUUCUUUCAUUUGGGAAGGGCAUGAGGCUAUUGAGCUAUCAAAGGACUGAGCUUAGACUUUCUGAUCAUCGGCCAGUGACUGCCUCAUAUAUGGUAGAGGUUGAGGUGUUUUCUUCCAGGAAGUUACAAAAGGCUCUUACAUUCACAGAUGCGGAAAUCGAAAAGGAGGAAAAUAUAGCAGAAAUGGAAGUUGAUGGUGUUAUCUCUCUCUUAAGAUUAGGAGGAUGCAAGUGAUAGCGAGCAUUAAAAGAAGUCAAGUUUCGACAAACUUGAAGAGGAUACAAAUGAGGGCUUCAAUGGCUCAUUGAACUCCCGAUACUGCCACCUCUACCUUAGACUUAUUGAACUCUCAAUAUUGUUACUAUUCCUUACAUAAAUUCUUUUGAUAUUUUGCUCAUAGAUGCAAUUAGUGGAAAUACAUUCGCUGUAUCCUUUUUUUUACUAGUGUCCUCGUAUAGAAAUCAGUUUUUGAGGUAUCAGUAGAAGUCGAUGUAUAUUGAUGUAUUUCGUGUUAUAGUUUUCGUUUCCUUUUACUGUUGUGCACUGUAGAACUUGCACAGCAAGAUACAUUUUGUAAAGUCCACGUUACUGCAUCUUUUGUGAAAUGUUAAUCAUUCGC